ACUGACAUCCCCUUAUAAAACAGUAAUCCAUUCAUUUUAUUUUAUAAUCUCAUCUACACAUCUCUACUGCUCUGCAAAGAAAAGAAAAUGUCAAUUGCUAAUAAGCAUAAGAUCGAGGGGUUAAUUCAGCAGCCUUACAAUGCUUCAGUGCGGGUUAUGUUAGCUUCACUGGAACGGAAUGUGCUGCCUGAUGCUAUCAUAAGGAGCCUCACUCGAUUGCUCUUGGCAGCCCGUCUUCGUUCUGCUUACAAGCCUUCCUCUGAGCUCCAGCUCUCUGAUCUCCUAAACUUUGUGCAUUCUCUCAAAGAGAUGCCUAUAGCUAUCAAGACUGAGGAGCCCAAAGCUCAACAUUAUGAACUGUCUACUUCUUUCUUCAAGUUGGUUCUGGGCAAAAAUCUCAAUUGUUGUUAUUUCUCUGAUGAAUCAAACACCUUAGAGGAUGCUGAGAAAGCAAUGUUGGAGCUCUACUGCGAGAGGGCACAACCAAAAGAUGGCCACACUGUUCUUGAUAUUGGAUGUGGCUGGGGGUCACUUUCCUUAUACAUUGCCCAAAAGUACUGCAACUACAGGAUUAAUGGGAUUUGCAACUCAAAAACCCAGAAAGCAUUCAUCGAGGAGCAGUGUCGGGAACGUCAGCUGCAGAAUGUAGAAAUCAUUGUUGCAGAUAUUAGCACAUUUGAAAUGGAAGGGUCCUAUGACCGUAUAUUCUCCGUUGAAAUGUUUGAGCAUAUGAAAAGCUACAAGGAUCUUCUUCACAAGAUAUCCAAGUGGAUGAAAGAUGAUGCUCUGCUUUUUGUUCAUCUUUUCUGCCAUAAGGCAUUUGCUUACCACUUUGAGGAUAAAAAUGAUGAUGACUGGAUUACUAGGUAUUUCUUCACCGGAGGAACAAUGCCUGCUGCAAAUCUGUUGCUUUAUUUCUGGGAUGAUGUUUCUGUUGUCAACCAAUGGCUUGUGAAUGGAAAACAUUAUGCACAGACAAGUGAGGAAUGGCUAAAAAGAAUGGACAAGAACUCAGCUUUGAUAAAGCCAAUAAUGGAAUCAACUUAUGGGAAGGAUCAAGCUCUCAAGUGGACAGUCUACUGGAGAACUUUCUUCGUUUCUGUUGCAGAACUUUUUGGAUACAACAAUGGGGAAGAAUGGAUGGUUGCCCAUUUCCUAUUCAAGAAAAAAUGAAAGCAUGGGAAAGCUUCUUUCAGUUGAAGAUGACAUGUUGGAAACAAUGGCCAUUGAAAUAAUUUUAACCAUAUUGCUUCUUUUCGGUUGAAUCAAAUAAGGCAAAUUUGAUAUUUUCUUUGUGAAUCUUGCAACCCAAAAUGUUAACGGAGGUGUAUAAUUAACGUUGUGAGUAUAAAUAUGAAAAUUCUUACUUAAA